CUCUCGCGCUUAGUUUUGUUGUUGUGCUACUGCCUUCCGCCCCCAUGUAUUGUUUCCGCCUCAUUCAGCGAGGAGCUGACGCUAUACCAAAUGUACCGCUAACCCUUUUUUAUAUAAUAGGCAGUUAUAUUUAGUUCAUGUCCAGGUAUUUCUAAAACCGGAAACAGAAACACUGACGGGCAGCAAUGUCGCUGUAUGAUGACCUCGGUGUGGCUGCUAAUGACACAAAGACCGAAGGCUGGUCCAAGAACUUCAAGCUGCUGCAGUCUCAGCUGAAGGUGAAGAAGGCGGCUCUGACCCAGGCCAAGACCCAGCGGAUGAAGCAGACCACUGUAUUGGCUCCGGUCAUUGAUCUAAAGAGAGGAGGCUCCAGUGAUGAGAGACAGAUCACAGACACUCCUCCACAUGCUGCCGCUGGACUUAAGGAUGCCGUGCCCAGUGGUUUCUCCUCCGGCGAUGUGCUGAUCCCGUUGGCAGACGAGUACGAUCCAAUAUUCCCCAACGACUACGAGAAGGUAGUGAAGCGGCACCGAGAAGAACGUCAGCGGCUUAGGGAGCAGGAGCGGCAGAAGGAGAUCGAGGAGAGGGAAAAGAAGAGGAAAGACAGGCACGACGGUGGAGCUCCAAGUGGUUUCUCUCGUUUCCCUGCAGCAGAGGGCGACUCAGAUGAGGACGAUGACUACGAGAAAGAGCGGCGAAAACGAAGUUUGGGCGGAGCAGCUAUCGCCCCUCCUUCUUCACUUGUGGACAGCUCACCUGCGUUCUCCUACGAGGAUGAAGGUCGUCCUGCCAGGAGCUCAAAGGCCGCCAUCCCUCCACCUAUGUAUGAGGACUCAGAGCGGCCACGUUCACCCCCCGGACCAACCAGCUCCUUCCUGGCCAACAUGGGAGGUACGGUGGCCCAUAAGAUCAUGCAGAAGUACGGCUUCAAAGAAGGUCAGGGCCUGGGGAAGCACGAGCAGGGCCUCAGCACGGCGCUGUCUGUGGAGAAGACCAGCAAGAGAGGUGGAAAGAUCAUCAUAGGUGACGCUGCAGAAAAACCAGGGUCCAGCCAAUCAGGUGUUGCUGAGACUUCAGGCGGAGGCUCUGCAGCGGACUCUUCCAAGAAGUCGGAGGCCAACCCGCUCACAGAGAUCCUCAAAAACCCGACCAAAGUGGUCCUGCUGAGGAACAUGGUGGGCCGAGGAGAGGUGGACGAAGACCUGGAGGGAGAGACGAAAGAAGAGUGCGAGAAAUAUGGCAAAGUGGUUAAAUGUGUCAUUUUCGAGAUUGCAGAGGUGCUAGAUGAUGAAGCUGUCAGGAUAUUUCUGGAGUUUGAGAGGGUGGAGUCAGCCAUCAAAGCCGUGGUGGAUCUGAAUGGACGUUAUUUUGGUGGACGAGUCGUCAAGGCCUGUUUCUAUAAUCUAGACAAGUUUCGGGUUUUGGACCUCGGUGAGCAGGUCUGAUGUCUCUCCAGGCACUGACACACUAUGAACACACGUCAUCUCCCCACUUGUACAUAAACCUUUUUUAUAAUUCAUGAACAGCAGUGAAGUGUCUGUAUGUAGUGAUCUUAUAGAUUAUUGGUUGUUUCUUUUUUGUUUUUUGUUUUUUUUUCUGUGAUGAAAAAUAUCUUUUAUGUCAAGACAAAAUAAAGGGUUUAAGCUAUA